ACUGUACACGUGGACGAAAUUCAGUAGCGAGAGUUCCUGAUGACACUUUUUGACAGCUCAGCUGGAUUUGAGAAGGAAGUUCUACAUCCCGGUUUAGCAGCUGAAGAUUAGACAGAUAAUCUCUCAAGAUGCUGAAGAUACUAGUAUCCAUCGUCCUACUGAGCCUUUUUGGUCUCUUGACGGUAAAGUCCACCGACCUCUUUACUGCCAUGUCGGACCUAGAGGGUGUCUUUGAUAAAGAGGAAAAAAUGAUUGCAGCGGUGGAGGAGUACAUUCGACAGGAAAGGGAGAGACUUGUCAAGAUCGAGGGCAAGCUGGAAAACCUGAGGCGUCUGAACCGGGAGGGACAAGAAGACAUGGCAUCCUAUCUGAGCCAUCCGUUCAAUGGUUUCUUGCUCAUAAAGAGGUUUAUAUGGGAGUGGGUGGAUCUAGAAAACUGGAUCAAGAUCAGUAUGCCCUCAAGAGAAUACAUCUUCAAUGUGACUGGUCUGCGUAGUAAGCUACCCCAGCAGAGUGAUUUAGAUGGAGCUGCCGAUGCUCUUUGGCGUUUGCAGGACACCUACAAGUUUACACCUGCUUCAUUGAUGGAAGGGGCAAAGAUGGAAGAUAAUCUCAAAGCUCACCAUAGCUUUGAAGUAGGCCGCCUUGCCUACCAUGUCGCCGAUGAUAAAUACCAUGCUAUACCCUGGAUGGAACAAGCCUAUAAGUGGCUCAACAACAAGACCAAGCAAGGUGACUUCUUUAAGCUGAACGAGACAGAAAUUCUCGACCAUCUUGCCUAUGCAAGCUUCUCUGAGGAAAGGUUAGAAGAUGCUGCUGCAUUCACAGACAAACUACUCUUAUUAGCUCCUGACUCUAAACGUUACGCUGACAACAAAGCCUACUACAAAUACCUCCUUGACAAGAAAUACAGACCAAGGGGCGAGACGGGGGACCUUAAAGGACUGUCUUUAGAAGAAGCAGAAGAGGAGGAGGAAGAGGAAGAAAUGGAUGAGGAGGAUCUACGGAACGUUCAUCCUGAUAUUCGGAAGUACAGAGCGCUUUGCAGAGGAGAUGAAGGUGUUGUCAGGUACAUCACAAAGCCGAUGCUUCAGACUUGUAGCUACGCACAUUACAACAAUCCUUUCCUGAUGCUGCAACCAGCGAAAGAAGAAGUAGCCUUUGUCAAACCUAAGAUCAUUGUUUAUCAUGACAUCAUCAGUGACCAGGAGAUAGAAGCACUCAAGAAUUUGGCCAAACCAAGGGUAGGGUGUCUGCUGACCUUUGACCUCAAGAACUCGACAUCAGGCUAUUUAGAACAGACAAAGUUUAGAAUCUGCAAGAGUGGUUGGGUGGCACACAACGAGUCGGAAGUCAUCAGGCGGAUUUAUCAGAGGGUCGGUGCGUACACCGGACUCUCUAUGAAUGCUACAGAGUUCCUGCAGAUAGCCAACUAUGGUUUAGGAGGACAUUACUUGCCACAUUUUGACUUUACAAAGGAUAUUAAAACAACAGAAAAUGGCAACAGAAUAGCAUCCAUGUUAUUUUAUUUGAGUGAUGUUACUAAAGGAGGUGCUACAGUAUUUAUAGACGCAGGGGCAAAAAUCAAGCCUGGAAAGGGAUCUGCAAUCUUUUGGUAUAAUCUUUUCAGAAAUGGAAGAGUGGAUGAGAGGACUAAACAUGGAUCAUGUCCUGUAAUAUCUGGGUCUAAAUGGGUUGCUAAUAUAUGGAUGCGAGAGCACGGUCAGGAGUUCAGACGGCCAUGUGGGAUCGGAAGGAGUGAGUGAGUUACCUAUGAUAUAAUCUUUGGUUCAUCAUAUGAUCUUCAGUCAUCUUGCGAAGCCAUACUUGCCAACCGCACUCUCCAUCUCCACCUCCACAGAUCCGCACAACACAUUGUACAGAGCUGCCAAAGUAGAUAUUUGUUUUGUUUACAUGACACUACAAAUUAUCUUAAUAAAAUAUUAUUCUUUUGAAAAAAUAAAUGAAUAUUUAUAGAUAUAUGUGUCCACAAAUUUUAUAUGUGGGACCAGUAUUUGAGAAACUGUACUUGCUAACUAUGCCUUCCAUCUCCUCUGAUACGGCCAACACAUUCUACUAGUUCAGAUUUUUUUCUGAUGCAAAUUAGUCACAAAGGUUUGUUGAUGAUUUUCCAUGUCGAGGAACCUCUUCAGACUGCAUAUACUGCAGUUUUAUGUCAGUUCAAUAUAUAUUUCAUGGUGCGUCACAGUUUGUGGAAAGUCUUUAUGUACUAUCGCAUGCAAAUUUGCAAAAUUGUUCAAACCCCUUCACAUUUUGGAUGUUCUGUCAAUCAUUCAAGUUGUGAACAAAUAUUUUACGACAACCAAAUCUAACAGCAAAUGUCAAGAUUUAUAAUUCAUGGUGCUGUAUAUCACAAAAAUGUGAGUGGGCCAGAUGAUUUACAAGCAAAUGUUAAUCUAAAAAAUAUAAGAGUUUAUUUUACAAUAUAUCCACUCUUGAGUGGGGAUGCAUCUUUCAAAAGAGGCUGCUUGGCUAAGUCACAUAUGUAUAUGCAUACAAAUGAGAGCAGUUGGAUCACUUAGGUAACAAAUUAUGACAUGCAUUUGUUUAAUUCAACAGAUCUGUUCUUUGAAUAAAAAAUUGCAUAUCCUUUACAUUCAAGAUAAAAUAAAACAUGUAUUUGCUAAUUUAUUAGAGAGAUGAGCAUUUUCAAAUAUAAUUUCUAGGUUAACAUAGCAUGCAUUUUAUGGAAUCCAAGUUCAAAAUCAAUUCACCAAGCAUAGAAUAUGUCAAUUCUGCAGUGAAAAGUGUCACAAAAAUUUGUUUUGCUAUGCAAUGAGAGGAAAAAGAGAAUACAUGUGAAUGAAAUACAAUGAUCUCUCUGGUAUAAUAAGCUGUGCCACAAAUAUUUCACACCGAGUAUGGACUGAAGUAUAUAUUUGGUUAAGAGUCAAACCCAAGUCAACUUUAAUAUGAGAAUACAAAAGAAAGUGAUUCUAUUUUGUGAGUCGUUUUGAAAUUGUGCAUUUAUAGUAAUGUGUUUAUUUUGACAAUUUACUGCCAAUGGCUCUGGUAGCCUCUUUCUUUUCAUUCCUGGAGAGGAAAUUGCACAAAGUUGUUGUUUGGUUUGAAGUCAUUGGCCCGUAUUCUGAAAUCAGGUUUAACUUAGACCACGGUCUAACUCUGUGCUAAAAAUUAUGGGGAGCCAAAAUUACAAAAAUUAUGUUUAUAUUGUAUAUUUCUUAUGUUUACUAUUUUUUCCUUUUGCUUUCUUAAUGAAGAAAAAUACUUAAAUACUUCAGUUAUCAUUCCCAGACAAUUAUGAACAAUUUGAGUGUCCAAUAAGUUCAUAAAUUGGAUGUGUACUGUUAGUGAUUUGUGCCCCAUUUGGCUCUUUAUACUUAAACCACAACUUUAAACCCGAGUUCAGAAUACGGGCCAAAGUAUUAUAACUUUUUAAGUACCUUGAGUUUUUUUUGGACAUGGUGAGACAAAAGCUCACCAAUUUUUUUUGUUGGAUAAAAGGGGUCGAAAACAUGUCUUCUGCCUAUGCAACAGAGGGCUGUGGCCAGUAUAACAUGUGCUGUAUGUGUUUAGACAUACAGGGAAAUGAUUCCUCAGUUAAAAUGGUCAAUUUUGGUGUUAGUAUUUCCAAGAAUAAGUUUCAUAAAUGACAAGUUUCAAUAAUGAUAUUGUUUCAGUCUCCUGUAAUGCUAUAAUAGGAAAACCAUUGAAUACAAGUUUAUUUUUAAAAAUUGAAAACCUUAUAUUUGUAUUAUAAAAUCAUUUGAGCAGUCAAGUUCUUUUUUAUCAUGGAGUUGUUAAGAAGGAGAUGUAACUCUUGUAAUUUAUGCAAAAUGCAUUCAUGGGUGAUUAAGUGUAACAAUGGGAUUUGAAGUUCCACGCUGCAUACCAUUCUUUUGCUGAGGUGAUUUGGGGGAACCCUGUACCAGAUUCAAAUUAAUGAAAAUAGUGGUGAAAUUGCACUACAUGUACAAAUCAUAAAAUUCAUGAUUGAUUUGUGUAAUAGAAAUCAGACAUCACACAGUUUCUCAAUUUUAGCACUAUGCCCAUCUCAUAAUUUUUGUCCCAGAGUUUCAAAGGAAAAUUUGAUUCUUUCCAAAAAAGUUAAUAUACGAGUAUGAUACUUUAAUUUGCAUACUUUUUAAUAUCCUGUCAUUUAAUCCAUGACUUACAAUCUUUGAUGUAAAGUACUUUGCGUUGUAAAAGUGUUUCUAUGUUUUUUUUAUUUUAGAAGUAAAAAAUACAAGUUUGUGUUUGCUCACAGAAUGCAUUACACAUUUGACCAUUAAAAGAACAGCAAAAAUUUCUCAAGAUAUGAUCUGAUGCAUUAGUUUUAAACAUUUAAGAUUCAUGCAUUGUAUCUUAUUACCAGCUGGUUUAUGAUGCGGAUUAAGGCAUAAAUUAUUGGUGGUGUCAAGCAUGGGAUCAAAGGAAAGCGGAUUGAUCCUGCUCCUUCCCAACACCUUCCCGUUUUGAUAAAUAAAGAGAACUUGAUGUGUAGAAUUGAUAGACUUAUGUCAUUGAUUUUGAAUUACAUUAUAUUUUGCAGGGUUUGUAGAUCUUCGUGUAGUAUACUUUGAUUAGAUAGACUUUAUAGAUAUAGUGAUAGAAGGAAUUUCAUAGAGAGUCAAUUACAUGCAUGGUUGAAUACGGUGAUGUGUUUUUCUUUUUAAAUUUUGUGAAUAAAUGUUUGUUCAUUUUCAUUAUGGAAAAUAAUAUUUUUAUAAGUCUAUUAGGUCUAGCGCAUAUUUAGCAAGUAUGUUCUUGUAGGGGAUAUAACUGUUUAGUGAAGUUUUACGAGUGAUUUGAAAUU